CUCUAUUGGAAUAUUUGGCUCCAUGUAAACGUGGCUAGUGUCAACCGGAAAUACAUCUAGCUGACGAUAGCACCGACUUAUUCAUAGUGUAGGCGUUCAAUGCAUUUCUUGUUGUUGUUUGUGUUUCUUCUGUCUCUCUCUCCUUUUCUUCUGUUCACCCAUAAACCCUUCCUGCUCGCUACUUUGUCUUAAUAAACGAGGUAUGUUAAAAAAAAAAAAAAUAAAAAAAAAGAAUUUACGAGUGUGUUGUUUACUCAAAACAGUUUUUUUCAACACUGCAGUUAUCAUAGCCUACUAUAUGAUGUAAUACCCACUCCAUUUCCCCACGCUGUUUAAUAAAAUACAGUACUGUAUCGUUUGAGCCCGACACUUACCUUCGUCGACAGAAGUCUGUCACCAUGGUAACGUGUAAGCGGUCCCAAUAGAUGAUUCUUUCUAAAGUCUGACACUGUUUCAGACUACGAAUACCAAUCAAAAGUAGGCCUAUUUAUUUAUGGCACUUAUUAAAAAAAUGUUUAUGUUUAUCAUAAUUUCGCCACACCUUGGUUACCAAAAAUAACACAUUCAGCGGCCAUCUUAAAGCAGUGAACUUUAGUGGCGGUUCAGCUAACCUAAGGUUUGGGAUUUUCUCUAUUUCUCUUUCUAUUUCUAUCUAUUUAUAUCUUUCUAUUUCUACUACUCUUCUUGGCGAAAUCUUGACGGAAUAUCUGUUUUAUUUUCUUCAUAACAUAACAUAUUAACCUGGCCAUGAUUAAGGCUGAAUGUUGAAAAGUCGGAUAAUUAUUUUAUGUAAUGCAGUUAAUUUACUGCAUCCCAAAACCAAGAAUGGCACUGACACAAAAUGGCGGGUACGCAAUAACGGUCGUCCCGAGUGGGUUACAGAAAGCAUUACGCAUCUAUCCCUAUAUGUUUUUAUUACAUGUUAUUUUUUUUAAACUGAUGAAACUUCUGGUUAAAAAACAAUAUAUUUACACGUCAGUACAUAAUAUUAUUUUAGAUUGUUUAUCAUUUUCUAUUGAUGCUGUAAAUUUGAAUAAAAAGAAACAUACAAAAAAUGGUGCCGUUUAAGCGCAAUGCAGAAACUUCCGGCCUUUCACCCAAUCGUACACUUUAAAUUUGAGACGCGUCCGUCGGCGAAAUAUGAUUGGUUGGUUUAACUUUAUUAGCUAGUUUUGAAUUGUGUACGACUAGUAGACGUCGGACUGUUGAAAUAUCGCACUGGUGUGACUGCCGAACUGAGCAGUCCCAUUUUUACAGGGAGAGAAAAAGAUUUAUUUGAUGAACUGGAAAAAUUGUUCAACUCUUGGGUGUUUUAUGUCAUUUCCACCUUUACAGAGUUGAGAGAAAGGGUCUUUCGUGAUGGCUCUUGUUAAUCUGGGUGUUAAGGCUCUCAUUAACUGGGUCAAUAGUAUAAUUUCGCCCAACCGAGAAAUUCACGUUGAAGAUUUACAGGAUGGCGAAUUCCUGCUUCGUGUUGUUUACAAGAUAAAAAACGAACCAGACCCUCCUUCAACUGAAACAAUCGAAGAACGUUUUGAACUGAUAGCUCAAUUUGUAGAGGAGGAUUGCAGAUUUAGUCCAACCAAGGGUACCUCACUAUCCUGGGAGAACAUAAGAAAUGGAAUCAACCUGACUGUGGAAAUUUCAAAGUUGCUUUUGUUGCUAGUUUAUCAUGACAUGAUGAAUGAACGAUGCACCCUCAAAACCUUGGAAUGUGAAGUCGAGAGGGAGAUUGCAAAUCUGACUGGCUCUUUCGUAAUGGAGAGUUUUGGCUGUGUUUAUCUGAAAAGUGGCCUGGACACCUACUUGGCAAAGCGAUAUUUGCAUGUGUCUCAUGAGUUAUUGGAGCGGACGGCAAGCACCUCUACCUCCAAUGCGUCAACUGUAUCUUCACUCUCUGAUGAAGACUCCCCAAUGUUCCAUCGCACACCAAAAGUCACAUUUCUCGAUGUCCAUACUGUGGCGUCGUCUUCUGUCAGUAAAUCUCCUAUUCAAGACAUAAUGAACACUCCGAAAUUUCAGUUGCGGAAGCUUCAGCGCCAGAUCGUCCAAGACAGAGAUUAUAGGGAUGGCCUUGAGAGGGAACUCGCCAGCAAGAUUAGCCUCAUUUCAAUAAGAGAAUCACACAUUAACCAGUUGGAGUAUAAUCUGAACAAGAUGAAAGGGGAGCAAAGUGAACAAGAGCAGAGUACCAGGGCACAAAUAGAUGAACUCGAGAGCAAGAUUAACUCUUUGCAACUGCGACUCAAUGAGAUUCUUAAAGAAUAUAAAGACUUCAAAAGCAAUGCAUCGUUGGCGGAACAAAAAGUGGAUCAACUUGAAGAGGAGAAAGGUGUCCUCUCUUCACAGGUUCGUGCGGCUUAUGCACAGCUGUCUACGUCUCAAACUGAAGUUAGCAGGCUGAAGGAAACCCUAGCAUCUUGUCAAGAGGAGUGGCAAACCAAAAUUGACUACUUGAUCUCUGAACUCAAUCAAGCCACUUCGCAAAAGGACGUGCUGACUGAACAAAUUGAGAUCCUACAGGGAAAGAUUUCACGUUUAGAAGAUGACCUUACAGCAGCCAAAAAGAAUGAUGUAGGAGAAAACAUGGGGCCAAUAAUUGAGAGAGAUGAGCUGGAAAGUGAAAUCGUCCAAUUGAAGAAGGAGCUUGACAGCACAUUGUGCUGCUUGAAGAAGGCUGAAGCCAAUGAAGAGGAAAAAUCAAGGCAGCUUUCGUCUUAUGAGCAAGAAAUCACCCAACAGAAUGAACUCCUGGAGCAACAAAACUUGCUCAUUGAAGAUCUUGUUCGAUCCAAGGAUCACAUUAUGAAAGAGCUGCAAAAGGAAAUAUCUGAGCAGAGAGAAGCCCUUCAGAAAAAGAUUGAUCAUCUUCAACUUCAACUUGAUAAAGCAGAGCAGCAGAAGGCUGACCAAAUUAGUGAAUUACUGGCAGCGCAAAAGGCUCUGGAGGAACGAGUGAACUUGCUGAUUCUGGAGAAGGAGAGACUUGUUCAGGCCGCAGAAAGAGAGAAUUUGGCUUCACUUGACCGGGAAGAAGUGCUUAAGAAAGAGCUUGAAUUAUUGAAGCAAGAAGAAGCUAAAUUCUUAAUGGAAAAGGAAAAAUAUGAGGAGAGUGAGAGGCUAAAGAAAGAACUGCAGGAGCAGCUGUUGGCUAAAACGGAAGCUGUGGAAGACUACAAAGAUAAGAGAGAAAAGCUGGAGCAUGAAAUAUUCAGAUUGAAGACUGAACUUGACAGCACAGUUGACUGCUUGAAGAAGGCUGAGGCCAGCGAUGAGGCAAAAACAUGGCAGCUUUCAGCUAUUCAGCAAGAAAUCAAACAACAUAAAAAACUCCUGGAGGAACAAAACCUUGAAAUUGAGGACAUGGUCCGAUCCAAGGACCACAUCAUACAAGGGCUACAAAUGGACAUAUCUGAGCAGAAGGAAGCCCUUCAGGAAAAGAUUGAUAAAUUUGUGCAAGCAGAGCAGCAGAAAGCUGACCAGAUUAGUGUGCUACAGACAGAGCAGAAGGCUCUGGAGAAACAGGUGGACCUGCUGGUUUUGGAGAAGGAGACUCUUUUUCAAACCAAACAACAAACUGAGCGAGAGAAAUUCGCAUCACUUGAACGGGAAGAAUUGCUCAAGAAAGAGGUUGAAUUAUUGAAGAUGGAAGAAACUAAACUCUUGAAAGAAAAGGAAAAGUAUGAGGAGAGUGAGGGCCUAAAGAGAAAACUGCAAGACCAGCUCAUGGAAAAAACUGAAGCAGUGGAAGACUACAAAGCUAAGAGAGACGAAUUGGAGCUUGAACUAGUCCGUUUGAAGAAUGAGCUUGAAGGCACAGUUGCCUGCUUGAAGAAGGCUGAGGCCAAUGAGGAGGAAAAAUCAAGGCAGCUUUCGGCCUAUGAACAAGAAAUCACCGAAAAGAAAAAACUCCUUGAACAACAAAACUUGAAGAUUGAAGACCUUGUUCGAUCCAAGGAUCACACUAUGAAAGAGCUGCAAAAGGAAAUAUUGGACCAGGGGGCAGCUCUUCAGAAGAGGAUUCAUCAACUUGAGCAAGCAGAGCAGCAGAAAGAUGACAAGAUUAGUGAACUGCGGGUGGAGCAGAAGGCUCUGGAGGAAAAGGUGGACAUGCUGGUUCUGGAGAAAGAGAGACUUGUUCAGACAAAGCAAUCCAUCGAGAUUGAGAUGUUUGCCUCACAUGACCGGGAAGAAGUGCUAAAGAAAGAGCUUGAAUCAUUGAAACUGGAGCAAGCUACACUCUUGAAAGUAAAAGAAAAAUGUGAGGAGAGUGAGAGGCUAAAAAAAGUGCUUCAGGAGCAGGGGGGAGCCCUUCAGAAGAGGAUUCAUCAACUUGAGCAAGCAGAGCAGCAGAAAGAUGACAAGAUUACUCAACUGCAGUUGGAGCAGAAGACUCUGGAGGAAAAGGUGGACAUCCUGGUUCUGGAGAAAGAGAGACUUGUUCAGACAAAGCAGUCCAAUGAGAGUGAGAAGUUAGCCUCACAUCACCGGGAAGAGGUGCUCAAGAAAGAGCUUGAAUCAUUGAAGCUGGAGCAAGCUACACUCAUGAAAGUAAAAGAAAAAUGUGAGGCGAGUGAGAGGCUAGAGAAAGAACUUCAGGAGCAGCUUUUAGCUAAAACUGAAGCAGUGGAAGAAAACAAAGCUAAGAGAGAAGAACUGGAGCAUAAAAUUGUCAGCUUGAAGAAUGAGCUUGACAGCACAGUUGGCUGCUUGGAGAAGGCUAAGCUCAAUGAGGAGGCAAAAACAUGUCAGGUUUUAGCUAUUCAGCAAGAGAUCAUCCAACACAAAAAACUCUUGGAGAAACAAAAUCUACACAUUGAUGACAUUGUCAGAGACAAGGAUCACCUCAUCAAAGAGCUCCAAAUGGAAAUAUUUGAGCAGAAGGCAGCACUUCAGGAAAAGAUUGAUAAACUUGAGCAAGCAGAACAGCAAAAAGCUGACCAGAUUAGUGUGCUACAGGCAGAGCAGAAGGCUCUGGAGAAACAUGUGGACAUGCUAGCUCUGGAGAAUGAGAGACUUGUUCAAGCCGCAGAGAGAGAGAACUUGGCUUCACUUGACCGGGAAGUGUUGAUCAAGAAAGAGCUUGAAUCACUUAAGUUGGAAAAUACUACCCUCUUGAAAGAAAAGGAAAUAAAUGAGGAAAGUGAGAAGCUAAGGAAAGAAUUGCAGGAGCAACUCUUUGCUAAAACUGAAGCUGUAAAAGACCACAAAGCUAAGAGCGGUGAAUUGGAGCUUCAAAUUGUCCUGUUGAAGAAUGAGCUUGACAGCACAGCUGGCAGAUUGAUGAAGGCUGAAGCCAAUGAGGAGGCAAAAACACAACAGCUUUCGUCUUAUGAGGAAGAAAUCACACAACAGAAAAAACUCCUGGAGAAACAAAACUUGAGCAUUGAAGACCUCGUUGGAUCCAAAGAUCACAUUGUGAAAGAGCUGCAAAAGGAAAUAUCUGAGCAGAGGGUAGAUCUUCAGAAAAAGAUAGAUCAACUUGAGCAAGCUGAGCAACAGAAAACUGACCAGAUUAGCAAACUACUGGCAGAGCAGACGGCUCUCGAGAAACAGGUGAACUUGCUGGUUCUGGAGAAGGAGAAACUUUUUGAGACCAAGCAGACCAUGGAAAGGGAGAACUUGACUUCACUUGAGCGGGAAGAAUAUCUCCAGAAAGAGCUUGAAUCAUUUAAACAAGAAAAAGCCAUGCACGUAAAAGAGAAGGAAAAAAAUGAGAGUGAGAGGCUAAAGAAAGACCUGCUGGAGCAGCUCUCGGCUAAAACUGAAGCUGUGGAAGACUACAAAGCUGAGAGAGAUGAGCUGGAAGGUGAAAUUGUCCGCUUGAAGAACGAGCUUGACAACACUGUUGGCUGCUUGAAGAAGGCCGAGGCCAAUGAGGAGGCCACAAAAUUGAAGCUUACAUCUUGUGAGGACGAAAUAACCCACCAGAAAAAACUGCUGGAGGAAAAAAACGUGCACAUUGGAGACAUCGUUCAAUCAAAGGAUCACAUUAUCCAAGGACUGCAAAUGGAAAUAUCUGAGCAGAGGGAAGCUCUUCAGGAAAAGAUUGAUCAUCUUAAACGUCUAUUUGAGCAAGCGGAGCAGCAGAAAGAUGGUCAUAUUAGCGUACUACAGGCGGAGCAAAAGGUUCUUGAAAAACAGGUGGACGUGCUGGUUCUGGAGAAAGAUAGACUGCUUCAGACCAAGCAGGCUGCAGAGCGAGAGAACACGGCCUCACGUAAGAUGGAAGAAGUCCUCAAGAAAGAGCUUGAAUUAUUAAAGAUGGAAAAAGCUACGCUUUUGAAGGAAAGGGAAAAAUAUGAGUCGAGUGAGAGGUUGAAGCUUGAACUGCAGGAGCAGCUUUUGGCUAAAACUGAAGCUGUGCAACACUACAAAGCUCAGGUGGAAAAGGCAGUGAAUCACUACAAUGACAAGAAGCAGCUUCUCCAUGAUAGCCAAGAAGAGGUGACCAAGCUUAAACAUUCCCUUGAAAUAAGAGAGAAGGAGGUUAAGGCUGCUGGUAUGGAGAACAAACUUCUUCAGAUGGAAUUAGAAAAGGCUCAAAGCAAGGAGAAAAACAUGUUGGGCACAUUGGCCCGUCUGGAGGCACAGGUGGCCUUUGCUGAUCUAAACUUGCGGGCACAAAACCGAAUCCUUGGUCAUGACGGAAGUGCGCCUCAGUUGUGUCACUUGGAAGUUCCGGACAUAGACAUUAAAGUUGAGCCAAAGAGAAGCAUGAGCUCAGACAGUCUGGACCGAAGCUCACUUGAAGACUCUCUGAACAACACAAGGAAGCUUUUGGCACCUGAUGAAUCGAGCACACCGCUUGUUCGUAGUUCUGAGAGACUAGCAGCAAAGCGUUCUGCUCUGAAGGCUGAGUCACUAGAAACUCUUUACUUUACACCAAUAAACACAAGACACAGAACAAAUGCUGAAAACAAAACAGAAAUGGAUUUCGCCUUUGUGAAUCCAUCAUCAUCUGUCAAAAGGCGGAGGACAACGCAGGUUAUCAACAUAACCAUGACAAAGAAAACCCCCGGUGGUGUUGAAGAUGAUGAGACAUUCUACAGCCUGGCUUCAGCUCGUUCACAACCCAACCUCUCCAGUGCCAAUAGCGCACGUCCCAUAUCCAUGGAGCUUUUUGACACACCAGCCAAAAUGGCUGCUGCUGGCAGUGAUCAGCUCAGCGGUCUUCCUGGGUAUCGACGGAGCACACUCCAUUCGCAGACCGCGAGUACGUUUUGCGUCGGAGCAGAAAAUGAGCCAGAUGGUGCGUCUGAUGACUGGAUGAGGAUUGCUGAGCUCCAGGCCAGGAACAAGGCUUGCCUACCUCAUCUCAAGAGCAGUUAUCCUGUAGAGUUUGAGAAUGGUAGCAAGAGUACGUUCCUUUUCACCGACGAAGAAGUCCGUACAGGUGACCCAACGGAGACUAUUCGACGGGCAUCCCUCAUGCCAGGCCAGCUGCAGCGUUCUGUCACUGCCCACCGCCACUCCCUUGCGGCUCCACAGUCCACAGUCGGCGCUCGCUCUCACCGUUUGUCCUUGAUGGCAGACCACUGGCCGUCCAAACUGGUUGGCGCUUCUCAGCUAAGAAGCCCGGGAUGCAAAAAACGUUCUGCAUUGACAUCUGUUACUCAAACUUCACCUGAGAAAAAAAUGAAGCCCAGCUGUUUCCCUCGCCCUCUCACUCCCAAAAAUAAGAAUACCAACAGUGGACCCUCAAGCUCUCAACUUCAUGCUGCCCUCAGUCCAGCUGACCGCAGGCAAUCUAUGAUGUUCACCAUCGACACCACCCCUAAGAGCAACAGGAACAGUUACCUGAAAAAAGGCCUGAACAAGCUCCGUAGCUCUACCCGGAAAUCGCCGGGGAAAACUUCCAAGAGGUCUCCCGCGAAGUCUGCGCACAAAGAAAAUAUGCCGGCUGGAGCUUCUGUCACUGCAUUGGGUCCAGGGGGUAAGAGGAGGAGCUUCAAGUCACCCAGAGUGAAAGACAACAAGUCCCCUAAAAUUGGAGGCAAAAAGGCGAAGUCUCCACAGUUGACAGCAAGUGCUCGCAAGGUAAAGACAUAGUCGUCGUACAAGCAGAGUUCACUUGGUUACUCAUUGAAAUCGGUUUGUCUAUUGUAAAUAUUUUUUGGAAAUGGUGAUAUAUCUAAAUGGUACCCCUCAACUGUCAGUUUUUUUCUGUUUUAAAAAAGGGUGUUCAGUCAUGGGGACAUUGCUAAUUAGUGACAUUUUUUUUUUUUUUUUGCAGAAGUGUGUAUCACUAAAAUCAAAGCGAUUUGCUUGACUCUAGCCUUUACUUGCUUAUGUCAAUGUUCUUUCCUUUUAUUGUCAUGCUUUAUGCCAUUUUUUUCUCCUGACACCUUUUAAAAAUGGUUAUAUUUUGUUGUACAA